AUGUCGACUAAAAGGAAAGCGGCGACGGCCAUUGCCAAGCCUGUUGUGAAGCAGAACGCGAAGGCGCCUACUAAGACAAGAAUCGAUGAGAGCAGGACAGCAGUGUCUACUGGGUUAGCCUUGAAACCCGUCUCGAAGCACAUCGAAGAACCCAUCGAAAGCGACUCCGAGAGCCGUCACAGCGCGUCCGAUGACGAGGAAGUCAGCGGUGAUGAGGGCCAAAGCGAGGAGAAGGAGACAGAGGCAGACUCUGGGAAGCAAAAACCUGCUGCCAGCGAGGCAGACGGUGACGCUGUGAUGCAAGAUAACGGGGAAGCUUCCGAUGGGGAGCCCACGUCGCCCACCUUUGGCGACCUUGUUCGCGGUACCACGACUGUCGACGUAUCCGCAUCUCUUGCUGCGCAAACAACCCGGCACGAAGUACAGAGAUCCACUGCCCCGAUCAGCGCGACAUCCCUGGGCACUGUGCUCAACCAGGCCCUCCGGACCGACGACUCCGACCUACUUGAGUCAUGCCUUCAGACGAACGACCUGCUAAUCAUACAAAAUACCAUUAACCGGAUGGACUCUUCUCUUGCCGGCACACUUCUCUCUAAGCUCGCUGCACGCAUGCAUCGCCGUCCUGGUCGCGCCUUUGGGUUGAUGCGGUGGAUCCAAUGGACGCUGGUCGCUCACGGCGGUGCGCUUGUCACGCAGCCUGAUCUCAUCAACCGCUUAACUGAGCUCAGCCGAGUCCUGGAGGAGCGCUCUCGGGGUUUGUCUAGUUUGUUGGCUCUAAAGGGUAAGCUCGACAUGCUGGAUGCGCAGCUCAAGUACCGGAAGGCACUCAAGAUGGCUGGGUCCAGCCGGAACCGGCCUAGCGACGACGAUGAGUCCAGUGCUGGAGAGGAGGACAACGCCGACGAGCCUGCUGUUGUCUAUGUGGAGGGGCAGGAGAGCCUCGGCAAUGCCCUGCCUAACGGCAGAAGCGCACGACACGAGGAUGAAGAUGAGGAUAAGCAGGUCCAAAUCGGCGACAUGAUCUCUGAUUCUGAAGAGGACUCAGAGGACGAUAUCGACCCUGAGGCGGAGGAUGAUAUUGAGGAGAUCGAGUCCAUCGACGACGAGGAUGAGGUCGAUCAUGACGAUGUGGAGGAGGACGAGGAAGAAGAGGAGGAGGACAGCGAAGCUGAAGACGCUCCGCCAGCCAAGGUUCGGAGGACCUCGGCCAGGCUUUCAACGAAACGAAAGUAA